GUGGGACUGAGUGCCUAUGUAUGUAUAUAUAUAUGGGCAUAAAGGCCACUUUCAGUUUAUUUACAACCUUCUGGAAAUCAGGUUGUUCAAGACAGAGAGGAUUUGUCUCCUAAAUGAUGGAAAGUGACGGAAGUAGUUUCGAAGAUGUCUCUUCUUCUAGUGAAACUAGUAAACAAGCAAUGGAAGGGGUGUUUCAUAGCCAUUUAGAGGAGAGAGUUCGUCCUUAUAUCGACCUGAUUGACUCUCUGAGGCUGAUCGGUAUUGAAGAAGAUUUAGCUCUACCAACUAUAGCAGUGAUUGGAGAUCAGAGCUCCGGGAAAAGCUCUGUGCUGGAGGCACUGUCUGGGGUGGCGUUACCCAGAGGGAGUGGUAUUGUUACCAGAUGUCCUCUGGAGCUCAAGCUGAGGAAGAUCAAGGGUGGGGUUCAGUGGAGAGCAGUCAUAUCUUACCAAGAGGAGUACACUGAGUUUGAUGACCCAUCACUGGUUGAAGGUUAUGUAGCGAAAGCCCAGAAUGUGUUGGCUGGAGAUGGAGUUGGAAUAUGUGAUGAUCUCAUCACUCUGGAGAUCAUGUCUCCUGAUGUUUGUGACCUCACACUGAUCGAUCUGCCUGGGAUUGCAAGGGUUCCUGUAAAAGGUCAGCCUGAUGAUAUCGGAGAUCAGAUCAGAAAUCUCAUACGGACCUUUAUUGAAAAAAGUGAAACCAUCAAUUUGGUCGUGGUCCCGUGCAACGUUGACAUUGCAACAACAGAGGCACUGAAGAUGGCACAGGAGGUGGACCCUGAAGGGAAAAGAACUCUGGCUAUUCUUACUAAACCAGACCUUGUUGACAGAGGAACAGAGAAGAACAUAUUAGAUGUUGUCAGAAAUCAGGUUAUUCCUUUAAGCAAAGGAUACAUCAUCGUUAAGUGCCGUGGUCAGAAGCAGAUUGACGAGAAAAUCUCUCUGGAGCAGGCGACUCAAGUGGAGAGAGACUUCUUCAAACGUCACGAAUACUUCAGUUGCCUUUUGAAUGAGGAGAAAGCAACAAUUCAGUGCCUUGCCACCAAACUGACGCAAGACCUGGUUGACCACAUCAAAAAAUCGCUGCCUCUGCUUUCAGAGCAGAUAAAGAAGCAGCUGUGGGACUUGAGAAAAGAGUUGGGUCAGUGUGAGGCUGGCCCACCACUGGAUCCGCAGAAGAGAAGGGACUUCUUCAUUAAUACUUUGAUGAGGUUUAAUGACAAGAUCAACCGCAUGGCAUGUAGUAAUGUGGCCAAUGAAGACAACUUGUUUGUUCAGCUCCGGUCGGAGUUCAAAAAGUGGAAAGAGCAUCUUGACAGUACAAAGUCAUCAUUUCAUGAGGUGGUCCAGGCUGUGGUGAAAGAAUAUGACCUGAAGUACAGAGGAAGGGAGCUGCCUGGCUUCAGUGAUUAUAAUGUGUUUGAGAUGGUGGUGCAGAGACUAGUGAUUGAACUGAAGGGACCAGCCAUUGACAGACUCAGAGUUAUAAGAGAGACCAUCCAGACGCAGUUCUCAGAAGUGUCUAAAGAGUGCUUCCUCAACUAUCCUUUCCUCCAGUGUGUUGCCACGAACAAGAUAGACAACAUUCAGUCAAAGCAAGAAGCCAAAGUGGAGCAGAGGAUCAUGGAGCAGUUUGAGAUGGAGCAGCUGGUCUACACUCAAGAUAGCAUCUACUUCAAAACCUUGAAUGAGAUCAAUAAUGCUGGAGUGUCAGAGGAUAACUUUGCUGGGCUUGACAGCAGGAACAAAUAUCCUGAAAUGCUGCAUGCUUAUUAUGAGAUCGUUGUGCAACGGUUGGCUGACCAGGUGCCCAUGCUGAUCCGAUACUUCAUGUUGAAGGAGUCUGCUCAGCUGCUCUGCAGUGAGAUGUUAGGGUUAAUGGACGGUGCUAACGUAGCUGAGGUUCUCCGGGAAGAGUCAGAGGUCAGCAGACGCCGCGUUAACAUGCAGAACCGGAUGGACCGUCUCACCAUUGCUCAAGAGAAGCUCAGUAACUUUGUUUAAAGUCCUUGGCUUUAAGAUGUCUUAGACACUGACAAAACAGAAUUCUUGGGAUUAUUCAGAUGUAGUAAUCACAAUUCCAGAUUUUUAUUUUAAAAAGUAAUGUGGUCCUUUUGUAUGUGUGCA